ACACUGCCACAAGCAUUUUGUGUGUUCAGAAUGGAUCGAUUUCUCACCACUCAUCUGCGGAUGUUCGACGAAAAGCGACUGUCGCUGUUGUCUUCGCAGGACUUUUUCGACGAGAUGAUCAACUUUCUUCGCGUGUUCCUCACAUUCUGCGGUUCGGAUGUGCUGCUAAUGGAGAAAUUUCGCUGGAAUGCACGCACCUGGUUGUGCUUCUGGACUUUGGUUUCCUUUGCGAUUACGCUGUUUUAUACGAUAGUUUUUCGCUCGGACGACAUCUAUGCCAUCCUGGAUACGCUCUCGUACAGCGGAAUUGCCAUUCAGGGGGCGUUCAAAAUGCACGGCGCGUUGUCCCGGGUGAAGCUGUUUCAGCAAAAGUAUCUUUCUCUGAAGGCGUUACAUGCACGAUUUUCGAAAGAACCGGACAAUAAUAUGGCACUGAACAAGUGUGUUUUGACCAUUACCUACAUUUUCCGAUUCUUUCUGCUGAUAUACGCCGCCGGUGGUUUGGCCUUUUUCGUCAUUCCGUUGUACGUGUUGUUUGUCUACCAGAAGGUGGUGCUUAUUCUGCAUGUGGAAAUACCGUUUGUUGACCCGGAUGUGUUUUCCGGAUACGUUAUAACAACUGCCUAUCAGGUCAUGAUGAUAGCCCUCGCGAUAGCUGGUAUUUUGGCGGCUGAUAUGGCAAUUAUGAUACUGGUGCUGCAUAUAGUUGGGAUAGUGGACAUUUUUGCGAAUAAACUGAAGGAGUUGGACCGAAUGUUGGAAGACGUAAGGUACGAUAAGCAGCAAAUUCACGAAAAAGUCACGGAAAUUUGUGUUAUGCAUAGGGAAAUCAUCAAAUAUGAAGAAGACCUGGAUGAAUGUUAUCACACUACCGUUUUUGUUCAAGUGUUAACAUCGGUGGCGUGCCUUAGUCUGGCGUUGUUCGUUGUCUACAUGACCAACGAUUGGACAAGAGCUAUGUUCUUGGCAGCCACUUUUUUCCAGCUUUUGGAGUUUUGCAUUCUAGGAACAGCUUUGACGCUUAAAAACGACCAAGCUCGGGUUGCUAUUUACCAUACCAAAUGGUACUUGCUGACUACUUCCGAUCAACGAAGAAUGCAGUUUGUGCUCCAUCGGUCCCAGAAUGCAGUGGAAAUGACUAUUGGAGGCGUGGCUCUUCUGAACAUGGAAACUUUUGUAGCGAUUAUUAAAACUAUUUACUCAUAUUUUACUAUGUUGGUGACAUUUAUAUCCAAGGAAUAAGAAGAAGGAAAACAAAGAAAAGUGGUGUAUGUACGUUUGCUUCUUCGAUAAUUCAAAAUAGA